AUGUGUUGAUUGCAUCAAGAAUAAGGUGCAAAGCAACACACACAAAAAGAUGGAGGCAUUAUGCAAAAAAGUAAAGAGUCAACGUUUUGGGCCGAUACCCUUCAUCAGGUCUCCUAAAGUAGAUCUGCAUAUGAGGACAGCCAGGACACUUCAAAGUGCAAAUUAGUACACGUAUGCACAGAUACCAACGUUUGUGGGGUGAUUAGCCACGGAUAUGAGCAGAUCUGUAUUAACACGCCUGGAUCUUUUAUUUGUAAAUAUAAAGAAGGAUUCAUCCUCAACACGAAUCAGAUCUUGACACCCAGGAACUUGAAGCAGCUUACUCUCUCCACUUCUGAUCCCUCUAUGAGGAUUGAUGCUGCUUGACCUGUUGGGUUCCUCCAGUAGUUUGUGUGUUGCUCCAGAUUCCAGUGUCUGUUGUUUCUUGAGUCUCAAGAACAAAGAUAAUGAAUGGCAGAGCCCUGGGGAAUUUUCAUGAACAGAGGACUGACUCAUGGAGUACAAAACCAAGGAUCCCUGAAGGUGGCAGCACAGAUAGAUAAAGUGGCCAACCUGAUGGCAUGAACAUUGAUUUCUCUAACUACCAGUGAUUUUUUUCUCCUCUGCUAUCAGAUGCCUUCUUCUUCAGCCUUUUCCACUGAUCACUUCCCAGCUUCUCACUUCAUCCCCCCUCGCUCAUCCACCUGGCUUCACCUAUCACCUUCUAGUUUGCACUUCUCCUUAUUCUGGCUUCUUCCUACUUCCCUUCUGGCCUGAUGAAGGCUCUCAGCCCAAAAUGUCGGCUUCCUUUCCAUAGAUGCUGUCUUAUCUGCUGCAUUUUUUGCUGUUACUCUGGAUUUCCAGCAUCUGCAGAAUUUCUUUUGUGUUUACAGUCUUGUCAUUAUCACUUUGUGGGAGUUUAUUAGGUUUCCUGCUAAAUAAAGUUUUCUGCACUUAUUACAAGAUAAUAGAUGUUUUGGACAUUAGACAUUCUGCGGAUGCUGGAAAUCUGGAGCAACACACAUAAAAUGCUGGAGAAACUCAGUAAGUCAGGCAGCAUCUAUGGAGGGGAACAAACAGUCGACAUUUCAGGCCAAGAUCCUUCAUCAAGACCUAAUGAAGGGUCUUGGCAAAAGUAUUGUAUGGAUGUCUCGGGGUGUCUAAAAAUCUUGAACGAUGGUAUAUAGCUGCAAGCAUUGAGUUUGUUAAGCAUUUCUACAAGUCAGAGACUAAAUACCCCUGUUAACAAAGUACAGUAGAAGCAAUUGGCUUUGUUAUUAAUUAUCCAUCUAUGUUAACUCGUUGAUAAUGGUUAUGAACCUCUAAUGUCAUAGCAUUUCAAUCAUAAUGUGUAAUUUCAGAGCUCAGUUGAUUGGUCUGACAACUUAAUGUGAAAAGCAGGGUGUUUGCUACAUUCAAUGUUUCUCGUCUGGGAUAUUAGAAGUGACAACCUUUGUUGGUAGGCAGUGAAAAUAUUCAGAAGUUAACGUGCUUAAAUAAUGUAUCCUGUCAGAAAAAAAGCUAUGAGAUUAAUGACAAAAUAGUUGUUUCAGAAUAUGUUCAGUGCAGAAAAAUCUCACAUACUUCUUACUUCCCACAUCAUUUGGAUAAUCCUGAUUUGCUUCUUUAGUGGGUGUAAAAUAUUUUAUUGAACAUUUCAAGGAAUCAUCAAUGUGUCUCACCAUCUGGAACAUGCCCACUCCUUGUAACUAUCAUUGGUGAGGAGGUACAGGAGCCUGAGGUCCCACACUCAAUGAUUGAGAAAUAGCUUCUUUCCCUCUGUAAUCAGGUUUCUGAACAGGUGGUGUCAGGGGUAGAUGGGUGGUUUGUUAGGUGGUCUAUGACACAUCUGCCAGACACCAUUGUGUUUCGGGUUGAUGACCUCCAAAUUCUUAAUAUGAUCCUGAAUGCUCCUUCUCCUUGGAUUAGAGAUCAGUACAAUACUCAAUCAGAAUUUGCUCUCACUGUAACAUUCCCUGGGUACAUCUCUGACAGUACAAUACUCUGACAGUAUGACUAUGUCAUUGGAAUACUCCCUGGGUACAUAGAACAUAGAAUAGUACAGGCCUUUUAUCAUCUUAUACACUUCAAUCAAGUCAUCUCUCAUCCUCCUUAGCCCCAAAGAGAAAAGCUCUAGCUCACUCAAACUAUCCUCAUAAGACAUGAUCUCCAAUCCUGGCAGCAUCCUGGUAGAUUUUCUCUGCACCCUUUCUAAAGCUUCCCCAUCCUUCCUAUAAUGAGGCGACCAAAACUGAACACGGUACUCCAAGUAUGAUCUAACAUUAUCUCACUUCUCUUGAAUUCAAUCCCAUGACAAAUAAAGCCAACACACCAUAUGCCUUCUUAACCAUCCUAUCAACCUGCAUGGCAACUUCGAGGGAUCUACUGUCGUGGACAUCAAGAUCCCUCUGUUCCUCCCCACUGCUAAGAACCUUCCCACACUUUUCUGGAUUGAACAACUCCAACAGUACAGUGCACCAACAGAAUGACCCUCUGUCACUGGAGCACUCUGUGGAUACAACUCCAACAAUGCAGCACUCUUUUAAUAUUGCUCGUCUGACUGAGCAAUGCUCCCUCAGUACAGCAAUUCACUCAGGAUCUGUUAUUGUUUCAGAAAAAAUCAUCAACAAAAUCCUCUGCUACAAUGGCCAACAGUACUGGCCUCACUAUCAUAAUAUUUCUUUUCAGCCGAGCACUGGAUGAAGGUUAAAACUAAAAGGGAACAAGGAACAUUUUUGGUAAAAUAUUGAUAGCGUACUGGGCUGCCAUUCCUAGUGUGCACUUCAUGCUAACAGUUCAUUAUCAGUCAGGACAAUGUAAGUCAAUCCAUCUUUAGUCAGGCAGAUUAUAUCCUGCUCAUAUGGCAACCGAUCACAACACUGCACAUCAUUGUGUCUCUGCUGAAGCGGAGACGAGGUUAAUGGGGGAUAAAGUUGUACGGGUGUUGAGAAAACAGCUUGUCUGUUUGAACAACUUGCUCCAAGCAGCUGGACAAUUCCCAUUUGCUGCUUCUUCUCCCAGGUAUAGUAACGAUAGAGCAAGGCACCACCACCUUUAUGAGGUUUUAUUGAAUAUUUUUAUUUGCCAAGUCAAAUUCUUUGGGCCGAUUCUUUUUCUCUGGCUGGCAAACCUGCCUAUUUGCUGUGGCAGUCUGUUCUUGGAGCAGAUUCAAUGGGUUGUUCAAGUAGUACACAGACCCAACUGCAGGACUGUAACAGACCAAGCUCCAAACAGGAGAGGAAUGGAGCCAGCAAGCGUGCUCCAGAUGUAAAUGGCCCUAUAACCAAUGAAGGGGAAACAGUUUCAGAUCAGGCCCAACUAUUGGAACCCAGGGCAGCCGACCCUGGUCCUGAUGAGGUUGUCACCAAUGAGCCAAGCCCUUCAGAAGAUGGGAUGCGUUUAACCACAGAUACUGAAGACAGCUCAGCUCAUGCAGGGGUGACUGCUGAAGAACGAGCGGCGUCAGCAGCUCCAGUGGAAGAGACUGCACUCUCUGGUGCUGAUGAUAUUGAAAAGGUUCUUCCUUUGGAGGACCGGAUUGAAGGUAACUUGACUCAGAUUUCAUGGUUUCCAUGUCCAGGUGAGACGGGAGAGAAAAUGGAGAGCAAGACAGCCAUCAAUGCCAAUGAUGAAAAGGAAAAUGAACUGGAGACCUCAGAAGACCUUUUGCCUCCUGAGCCGAUAGAACCAAUAACAAAAAAUAAAGAAGAUUAAACCUUUGCUUGCUACAAUUUUGAGAAGCUCUCCAAUUAAUAUUCUCCUCUCACCUGGAACUUCAAAUCUUGCAAUCACUCUCCUUGAGAGAUUUUAAGAGUCAGUAUCAGCCAUCCUGCCGAAGAAAGAGGAAGCUGCUUUUACUCAACUUUUGAUCUGGUGUUUCUACACAUAUUUGCCAAGCUAUAGCCAAUCAAUACAUUCAGCUGGAUAACUCGGUGUGUUAUUGAUCUGCUUAGACAAUACAGUCACAUCACUGUACAGGUGAGAGGCAGGGACAGUUUUUUUCCUCUGCAGCUGGUACUUUUCACUCUACAUUCACCAUGAAGUCAACAAAAUCUCCACACUGCCGAUCUUUCUAACAUGCGACUGGAAUAUCACAACUUAAAAACAAAAUUGCUCGUAAAUUUAUUCAGAAGAAAACCAGCAAACUAAACAAAAGAAAAAAAUUGAGACAAAAUGGCAUUGAAUAGUCAACUUGUAAUUAAAAAGAGGUGAUUGUAACAAUCUGGUCAUAUUAUGUAACCUCAACUGCUGCAGUACAGAAAGUAAAUCAUCAUUUUAUAAAGGCAUUCCUUGUUUUGUAACACUAAUAUUACAUAAGGCUUCAUAGUAUGAAUUAUUCUGUUGGAGAAUGGACUUUAAGAGCUCCACCAGGUUGCUUGCAGUACUGGGUACUGUUGCUUGGCUAAGAUGGUUUGAUUAGGUUUUCCACCAAAAUGGUUAUUUUAAUGUUCAAUGCUGCAUUAUGUAGAUAAAAAAUAUAAAUCAUUUCAUGAUUGGUCACAUAUGUAAAAUGUUUAUAUGAAAUUUGUUCUAACAGAUCAAAUAUAAUUUUUAAUAAGAUAUUUUUGUUUUGCAAAGAUACUAUGAAUUAUGGUGUACGGACUAGGCUAGGUAGAUGGACUUUUAAGAAGCAGAAGAGCCCAGAACCAGCUGAAACAAGUAGCAGCCUGGAAAUGCUUCCUGAUCUCUGCAUAUUGUUAUGUUGAGAAGGGAGAUGAUGCAUCACAAGAGCUAUAUACUUCCUGAAAAUGACCUGUAUUUUGAUUUGCUUAGGUGUCUAAGUUGAAGGAUGUGAAAUAUAUAACAGCUUUCAAAAAUA